AUGGGUCAGCCAUUGUCCAAUCUACGUCGACGCCGCAGCGCUCGCACUCUCCGGGGCUUUGCUGCUCAUCCAACCCCGAGUGCGCCCCCGAAUCUCUCCCGCGAGACCCUCAUCAAUGCGCUACAAACUGUUGCAGCGUACAUUACCUCCAAGAAUCAAGAUAUUACUCUCAUUGUCGUUGGUCAAGUCCCUCUCGAAGGCAACCAAACUAGCAUUCAAAAGGAAACCGCAUUCUCGGGCAAGGAUGGCUCAACAACCAUACCGUUCUAUUCAUUCUCUCGACUCACAAUUUUGGCCGCCCCUUGGGAAUAUCUAUUUUGUGCCAAGGUACAUCGUCUAUCUGGUAGUGGAAUUAGCACCGUACAACUCUAUAAUCAAGAUGACGCGGUUCACUACUUGGAGAGAUACCUUUCGCAGCACCCUACCGCAAGUGUCACCCAGGUCACUGUGCGAGCAUGGUUUGCUCAGUAUCUACUUCACUGGACAACGGAAACAGAACUGUUACUCUUGGCAGUUAACUCAACAUACAAGAUCACAUCCAAUGCCCAGCAUGAUCCAAUCAACCUCAACAAUUAA